AUUCCGGAUCUGCCAAUACCGUCUUCGUAUCACUGGACUCAGAGUUUACUUUACCCCCUGAAACGGAGAGCACUUGAGCUGAAUAUUGGUUGAACUUCCAUUCUUCCGAGUAUAGAAGCUGACAGGUGAUUGGUGCAUAAUUAGUCACAUGACCCAUCGACAGGUCGUCUGCUGUUCCGGCGAUGAUUUGAACCCUCAUAAUAUGUCGUAUGGAUUGGAGAAUGAAUUAACUAGCAGAGACAGAGACAUGCACAAAACAGCAGCCUACUAUAACCACGCGCCGCCAUACCAGGCAUAUUUCCCUGUUGAAAAUGGAUACCCAUCCUUUGACGCACCGUACGGGCAUCCUAGCCCCUCUCCACCUGGUGGAGACUUCUAUCCGUGUUCUCUUCAGAGUUCCCAUAAUCCUUCACAUGGAUCUGAAUAUAUUCCUACCCAGGCACAUUACCCUGGUAACGAGCCGUACCCUAACGGACACAGCAUACAGACUCUGCCCUGUCCCCCCGGGGGAACAAACACCGGAUCAGUGAUUCCUGGAAAACAAGGUGAGAUUUAUCCAUGGAUGAAGGAUUCUAGGCAAAAUUCAAAACGUCAACAGCAGCAGAAUCAACAGAAUCAACCACAACAACAGAAUCAACAGCAACAACAACAACAGCAACAACAACCACCAGCAACACAAUCUGUGCAACAAUCUCAAACAACUCCACCUCAGCAGCAGCAACAGCAACAACAACAACAGUCGCAAGCACAAUCACAGUCACAAUUAUCAGAACCAACCAAAAGAGCCCGGACCGCCUACACAAGCGCCCAGCUGGUGGAACUGGAAAAGGAAUUUCACUUCAACAGAUAUUUAUGUCGACCACGACGGAUAGAAAUGGCAGCCCUCCUGAAUCUCACAGAGCGACAAAUCAAGAUCUGGUUUCAAAACAGGAGAAUGAAAUUUAAAAAGGAACAAAGACAUAAAUCUUCUGAUAAAUGCGGACGGCUGGACGGGGGUAAUCUUUCCGGAACGGACAGUGAUAGUCAAGGAUCUUUGUCGGGAGGACCGGAUGGUUUAGGAAGUGACUGUGGCGGUAAACUUAGUCCGGAUGGUCUAAGUCACGGCAAUGUGAACGGGCACGGAAUCCAGCCUGGGAUGGGACUAUCUAUUCACCAAGGGAUGGCCCAACAGCACUCUCCGCAGCUGCCCAGUCCUCAACCUCAUCCCCACUCAAAUCAGACUAAUAUCGGAGUUAAUUCUUAUCCAGGUGAAAAUGUCAUGAAUCCUUAUCAGCAGUACCAACAGAAGCAGAGUCCCAACUCUCCUUUAAUGAAACCAUCAAUGUCCCCUAAUCCCCAUCACCAAAAUGGCCCAAAUAUGAACAUGCAAAAUAUGGGCCAACCUCAUCAACAGCAACAACCUCCUCAGCAUCAUCAACAUCAACAACAUAUGACGUCACAUCAACAGUACCUACACGUGAGCCAACCCGGUCAAGGUUAUCACUCCGGUCACUAUAUGAAUAAUAUGUACCCGGAUGUAAACCCCAUGGAGGACACUGAUCCCGGGGUCAACAUGGGAGUUAACUCUAUAUACCCGUCCACCAUGCCUUGUGCGGUCAGUAGCGUAAAUAACUGUUACUCUCAGGGCUAUGACUAUGUGCCAAAACUGACUCACCUUUAAUUGGAAUAUCAUUAUGGUAUUUUUGUAGGAAUUAAAUAAGUAUUGAGUAAAAAGUACGGUAUAGAUUGUAUCUAAAUAGCAUGCAUUUUACCAAGGGGUAUAGGUUCAAUGUCAGAUUGAUGCAUAGCUGAAAUUCCAUUUAGAUACAUUUUUAAUGCUUUGUUAUUGAUAGCAGGCGAAACAUAAUAGUCAUAUUAAUGUAUGCAAAUCCGAGCAGUGUAAAUGCAUUUCAUUAACUAUUUUCUUACAGUGCUCAAUGAUACAAACUUUUUACUGUUAACAAAUCAUUAAUCUGGUUAAUAAGCGUGAUUUCGUUUCAAUUUACUCUUUAUUUACCAUUCUAUGUUUUCUUUUUAAAGCCUUAACAUGCACAAAAAUCACAAACAGAAUAUGUUUUAAAAGAUUUAUUUGUAGAAAGAUAUCUUAAUUAUGUACAGGAAAACAUGAAAUUAUUUUACUUGUUCGCGUACCUGCUAUGCGGUGACGAUUACUUUGCUUAACUAUCAAACUAAUGAUUUAAUUGUUACAUGCCAUGGUGUGUUAAUGCACUCAACUAACCCUGCCAAUUAAACGCCGAUCGUAUAAACUAGUAGUAAUACUGACAAUCCCAUGACAGGAUCCUUCUAUAGAAUGAAUACAUGGCAGGUUGAAGAUAUUCCGUCGGGAAUAGCCCGACACUAAUCGUAGGUACCGCAAUUAUGUAAUUAAAUGUAUCGGUUUCUUAACCACAAUUAAGUAAUUAAAAGUUACAUAUGUAAAUAAGUAAUAAAAGCAUCAAAUCGGAAAUAGACCAAUUACGACACCUACUAGCUUAUCAUGUGGUAUGGGGUUGGGAGAAGACAUUGAAAGGUUUAUCGCUUCCUGUACGAAACGGCCUUUACUCUCACCAUCUGCAUCCGUCUUGUUUUGGCGGCAGAUCUGGGAACUGGAUUAAUAAGAAUUGAGCAUUAGACACAAGAUGAGGGGCGUUGUGUAAUAUUACAAUCCCAGAUAUAGAAAAAAGACAAAGGUAGGUUAUUUCAAGUAUAUUUCAAGAUACUUUUUUUUCUAUAAGAAGAAGUUAAUUGGAAUAAAUAUUAAUACUACUAAUUAAAGAUAGUACAUGCUUAAAGAGAUAUUUUUGACCUUCAGACUUCUCUCAGAAAUCACAAAGUGGUAGAAAGACGUCCACAUAAAUACUUUUCGUAUAGGAAACGCAUAGCCUGUUGUCAUAGCAUUGCUCUAAUUUUAAACUUUUCCAUAGGGAAAAUAGAAAAUAACUAUAACACAAACCGACUCUCUAUAGAUAAUUGCCUAUGGUUUGUUUGGCACGACUCACGAUCUCUAACUGACGUUCCCACAGAUUCAAUUACUACAUCUUCGCCUAUCCACAUACCACAAAAGAUCAACGCAAGUUGGUUUGAAGUGAAGCAUUUCGACCAAUGGGAAUUGCCAAUGACAUUUUUCUCGAUAGUGUAUCCUUCGGGCGAUUUGUGAUAUUGAUUGUAAUUAUUUGCCUGCCUCAUGAUAACAGGGAAUGCGAUUGGAUCAAGUUCCUUACUUAAUCCUCCUCCCAGCACAAACAGGUUUAUUCUGAACCUUUAUCAAUUUAUCUCCAAUUGUUUGUGGCCUAUUCAAAUCACUUUUCCUGAUUCUUUUGCAUAUUAUAUCCUCGUAAGGUCAGUAUCGUAUGUGGAAUUUCGUCAAUUUUUCUCGUUGUUAAUUUUUUUUCAUACUUUAUGGAUUAAUUUCUAAAAUAAGUAUUGUUUCCCCCUUUUUAAGAAUACGUUUUUCUCGUCAGACGUUUUGGUGCCCAUUUCCUUUCUACACGUAAUGAGAAAACUAUUAUUUGAGUUAUUGACAGGUAAUGGUUGACGUAUUUUUGGUCUCUAUCGAUACACGUACACUUACUUUGAAUCAUAUGAUCAGAUUGCACUUAACCCAAGUAUAUCACAAAUGAUGAAAAACGUCAUUUAUACUUCUGUUUAUUUAUUUUUAUUUUCCAUUUUUUCUUCUAUUUUUUAUAUUAUUAUUUCUAUUAGCAUACUGUUAUACCUUUUUGAAGUUAUUUUAAGUCAUUGUGGCUCUAUAUAAAAUUCGUUUCGAUAAUUUAAAGAAAUUUUGUACAUUCGUAUUAAAUAUUACAUACAAACUGAGCCUUCCCCUAGGUCAAUGACCAGUUGCUCUUCCUAAACAUAUUUAAUUGGAUAUUUUUAUUUGAUUUGAACUCAACGGCAGAAAAGAGUUUGCUAAAUGUUUGUGGCAUCCUGCGAUCAAGCCUUGAAUCGUGAUGAGCAUAAGAAUUGACUAGGCCUACAAAAAUAUGUAAAGAUAUGUACAUGUAUGUAUGUAUUUAAAGGAUGAAUUACGUUACCGUUAAAUAUGUAUUAUCCUUGAUAACAAUUACCUUUGGUAAUAAGCAUAAGACUUUAUUAGAUCAGGAACCGCUUUAAUUAUUUCGAUAAAACUUAAAUAUUUAUUUGAAUAUAUUAGAAAUUUAGUUUAGCCUUGUAGACAUCUACGAUCGUAUCUGGUUGAUUAGUUUCACUGGACCGUGUCAGAUAAUCUAUAUAUUUACAAAUGGUGCUUCAGGCAUGUUUAUGUCAAAUGAAAAGUCAAUUUGCUAGUAAUCAAUGCGGUACACAUUUAUUGAUAAAAUUUUAAAUCAGGAAUUGUACAACUGUGAAGAGUUUUAUCAUUGAAAUCUGACCUUAAGAUUCACGUGGUGUGAUGAGGAACGGUCAGUUAAAUGGAGCGCAUUCAUGUCCACGUGCUGGACAUAAAGACAUGGGUAUUAUGAUAUUCACUAGUGGUCAUUAACAUCAGGAUGACCGCCGUCUGUCCAGACCUCAAUAUGUUUCAAUUGAUCUCCAAUCUCGACAUCUGUCAUUGGCUGUUAAUAUUUAUGGCCGUAUCGUGUGCUUUUCCCGUGGUAGUGAAUCUCCUGGGCAUCUAAACACGUCAGCUGUAGAUAGUCUCUAGGAAGUGUUGUAAACAAUACUAACAUUGGGUUAGCAGAUACUAUUUGUUGUACGAGAAUUUCGAUACAUGAUUACUCAUAAAGAUGGUGUAACGUAAUAUACUAAUUACAAUUCUUUUAGUUUAAGCUAUAUGAUAACGAAUAUCAAUGUUAUUCUAUUAGAUUUUGUUUAAUUUCCUAUUGUCCCAUUUACUCACCGAGAAACAAAGUAUAAAAAAACUUUUUUAGUGCAAAAAAGAAUGUCAAACUGCUAUAUGUUAUAUAUCAAAAUUAUAUAUUCCGUUGAUAUAACGUAAUAAGUAUACACGAAACAUAUUAUCAUGUGCUAUUUAUAUACAGUUUUAUUACAUACACUAGAAAUAAAAAUCAACCAUAACGUCAGCACAUCAGAAAAACACAGUAAGAGUUUACCUAUUAAAAUACGUCUUAGUAUUUGUGUUUUUAUAUACAAAGGCCAGGAAAACUACUUCCUCAAUUGUCUUUGUUUAACAUAAUACAUCGUCUAUUCGCAGAUAAUGAAAGAUAUCGCAUAAAGGGAAAUAUUCUUUAUGCGAUAAAUAGUAUGAAAUUUUGCUACAUCAAUGAAUGUAAUAAUUUACAUAUCUGUCAAAAUUCAUAUUGCAGUAAUGAAUAUGUGUAUUGAAAAACAAGAUUAUUCAUAUAUCAUUAUGUGAAUAUUUACAUCCAACGUGUAUCACAGUCAGUAAAAAACGUUACAUAAUAUAAACGCAAAAUAUUCCGGAUAAAAAAAGAAAAAUAUACAGUUUAUCUUUAGUAAAAUAAUUAGCAUUUGCCAUUCACAGUAUAUACAUCAGACGUAAUUAUUAUUAUUGAUAAUAGUGUCGCCUACCGAAAGUCUAGGUUAAUAAGUGUUUAAUAUAUCAAAAUCAUUGAUUGAAUGUGUAUCUAUAGACAAUACCUAAAUAUUCAUUCAUUUUUAUCAGAUAUUUAUGACGUCAAAAGGGUAAAAUAUGACAAUGUUGUCUUAUAGUUACUGUUAUUACAUAUGAAUGCAUCAAUGCAUGAAUUGUUCUUUUGCCUAAUAUACCCUGUUUUACGAGAAUACUUGUAUAUUGUUUCAUUUCUUUAAUUAUGCAGAAAAUAUUUGUAAAUCUGUAUUUUUAUUUUUCUGAUAUUGAUUGUAUUUUAUGUAGCUUGUUGAGUGGGAACUAAGAUAAUAUCUUUAUUUAUCAGUCGGUGUUAUGUAAUACGAACAGCCAAAACCAGAAAACAUAAGUUAAGUAUUAACAAUGUAAUAAUAUCGACCUAAAUGAUUUGUACAUAGUCAGUGUUUUGUUGUACCAAGGCAAUAACACACUUUUUCACAAAGACAAUUGAACUGCCAUUGAUUAAUCUUAGACAAAUGAAUUGUCAUUGAUUAAUCUAUUCAAUAGUGGUUAACAGUGUAUAAAUGUAUCAAAUUUAUUGUCAACUAUUUCAGAUAAUUUAAACAAGUUAACCACACCCUGAUUAAAUCGACCCCCGCCAAUAUCAAUAGCGUACGAUAAUAAUCAUUUGGCAAAUAAAUAAAUCAGUAAAAUAAUAAAUGGUUAAUAUCCAGAAGUUACUCCUCAAAGAGAAAUAUAUAGAAACCUGAAAAGUUUAACGUUGUUUGUUUAGACCAUAUAGAUCUUGUUCAUAGAAAACAUACAGCUGUCACGCGCUGAUUCUGUUCUGUAUGACAUUUCAUGUUUAAAUGCCAGGUAUAUUUAGAAAUAUCAAAUCGAUAGAGGUGGCUAUCGCUAGCCUAGGCGCAUGUUUUUAGUUAUCAAAUAUUUGUAUGUAAGUAUUUAAAUAAUGUUGUGAACUGUUUUAGUGUUUAUUGCUCAAUGUUAUAAUGAUGUACAAUGACCUUCAAAUGAGAAAUAAAUACAUUUUUCAAAUA